CGCGAAAGCUGUUUGGAGCAGCCGCGCACGGCGCAUGGGGAGGCAGGCAAGUCAGAGCAAGCGAACGCUCGGAUCUCGCUCGUGCGCUAUCUUUCCGCAGGCCGCGGACUCGAGGAGAGACGAGUCGGUCAGUGUCGAUGCGAUUGCCGUUCCAUAAGCGUGUGCGUGAAGCAGCGCGCGGUGUGCCUUUACGACAGUUCGCAGAGUUCUCUGACACGAUGCGCGGCCAGACACUGUGCAUCACUCACUGAUACAUCACUUGCACUUGGGACACAUAUACGUCGAAUGUAGUGCAUCGUUCGCGGUACGCAGCGAAGAAGAUUACCCGUACCGACUUUGGUCGUUCGAGUGCGCGUGUUGAUGUGUAUAUUGUGUAUGUGUUGAAUCGCGAGUGUCGAUCGAGCUGUGAAUCAACUGUGAAUCGUACGCGCGUGAAAAAGAUAAGAGAGCAUAGAGAGAGAGAGAGAGAGAGCGUACAUGUGCACUGCUGCUACUGAUGCUCGCGUUAUUAUUUGCGCUAGUGCAUGGGCGAGCUUGAAAAAGAGUAGCAGAGUGCACUAGGCAGCGAUGACGGCGCUACGAUAAGGUCGGUCGAGAGCGCGCCUAUACACACACGCGUCGAGGGGGAUGCUCGUCGUUUUUCGACCCGUGCAUCGCUGCAUGCAUGAUUAGGUGCGCGACAGUGGAAAAGCCGCGCGCGAGAGUACAAGCUGCAGCAGCGGACAGUACGUAGAACCGGCUCUCGGCUCGCUACUUUAAACUGCCUGCUGAUGUGCCAAGUUUUAGCAAGCAGCAGCAGCCGCAAUAUAACAAGCCGCGCCAGAGCCAGCAGUUUUCGACGCGUGUAUAGUCCUCUCGUCGUGUUAUGUGCCAUUCUCGAGAUUCCAAGACGGAACAGCCAAUAAUAAUUAAUCUCUCGCUCAUCUCCCGCAAGAAACAAAAAAACCAGCAGCGUCAGCUUUCAAAUACAGCUGCUUUUUUUGCCCGCUGAUCCGCAAAGUUUAGCUUUGGCGCAGAGGCUGUGGUGUGUGUGUGUGCCUGCACCGCCGCCGACUGCUUCUGGCUUGCUGCUGCUCGUUGCUGGCUGGCUGCGGCUGGAGAGGGCAGAGGCGCUAGAAUUGCGAAGAACUCGCGAAAACGACGAUGGCCGAGGAGCUGCUCGUGACGCUCAAUCGUUACAGCGAGUCCACGGGAUUUGGCUUCUCGCUCCUCGGCACCGCUGGAUUGCCCCACGUUAUAUUUGACAUCGUCGAGAACUCGCCAGCUGCCGACAGCGGCAAGGUCGAGGCUGGUGACGUUAUACUCAGAGUGAACGAAGUCGACGUCAAUCGUUUUACUACCAAAGAAGUACUAAAAUGUCUCCGGCUAUCUUCGGAUCCCGUUACGCUUCAGCUACGCCGAGAUCCAGAAAUCAAAGCACAGCUGCGCCGGCUGCUAUCGCGCACGGACACGAUCGAGGACGAGAUAGACGGUAGCACGCUGGCCAGCAUAAGCCACAAGCUGAACAGCGUCGGCAGCAAUAGCGGCAUCGGCGCCGCUGCUGACCUCGUGAAACGUGCCUCCUCCUCGUCGACGUCGACCUCGUCGCGAUCGCGCAGCAAAUCAUCUUCGGCGUCACCCGAGCCUAUUAUCAGCAGUCCAACCCCGCAGAAUUCCACAGCGGCGACGGCGGUGGCGACGACUCAGCAGCAGCAACACUCGCGGAGCAAUGGCUCGUGCAGCGACGCCUCCGAUCUCGAGGCGCUCAUACCGGCCGCCAAGAAGAAUAGCAAGGACGAGGAGCACAAGUGGGAACCUUUGGGUUCCGAUGCUUCGAAACGACCGACCAAUCCGCCCAGAUUUGAGGCGUAUAUGAUGACCGGAGAUCUGAUGCUGAAUCUUUCGAGGACACAACAGACGAGUGGGCUCCUACCGAAGCAGAAAAAAGUCGACUCGUUGAGGUACAGCAAUCACGCGAAUACCCACCACCACCACCGUCACCACCACCACCACCACCAUCACCAUCACCACCAAAAUAACCACCAUAAUAACAACAAUAACAACAACGACGAAGCCCACCACCAUCAUCAUCAGCACAACAACCACCAGCAGGCGCAAGAGCCGCCGCCGCCGCCGCCGCAGCAGCACAACUCGGUACCGACGAGUCCGAGCGUGGGUCAGCAGCAGCAGCCGCAUCGUCGAAGCGGCAACUCGGCCAGCAGCUCACCGGUCAAGCUGAAUCGUCAGGAAUCGGGCUGUUCGAACGACGGUGGUUCCUCGGGACACGCCAGUUUCGUUCGCACCUCGCGAUCCGAGGAUCAGCUGCAGGUGCAAAAAGACCCGGCGAUGCUCGCUGCCGAGCUUGAGAUGGAUGAGGAUGUGGCUUCGUCGUUGAAUACGCUCCUCGACACGAGACCCUCGGCCGAUCAACAGCCUGGCGAGGAACGCCCGGAGGGCGAUCGAAUCGUUUGGACGUACAAUGCCCCAGCGGGCGGUGUAGUAGGUGGUGGUGGAGAUCCUCAGCAGCAGCAGCAGCAGCCCUGCCACUCGAGCUCGAGUUUCGGCGAUGCUAGUAGCAGUAGCAGCAGCAGCAGCUCGUCCUCUUGCUCCCAUCCGAACUCCCACACGUCCUGCAGCCAGUCGUCAUCGUCGAACGGUGGCGGCAGCAGCAGCAGCAGCUCGUCCUCGACCGAAGCCUCGAGUCCCCAACGCUCCUUGUCGCCCGCUUCCCCGACCUCGGUCUCGUCUUCCGUCAUGUCCUCCAACUCUGGAUCCCGUAGGUUUCCUGUGCCUGGCAACGCCGCGACGACGCACCAGAACCAGACACAGCAGCAACCUCAACAACAACAGCAGCAGCAGCAGCAACAGCUACAUCACUCGUCGUCCGCUCCGAAGCAGCAGGUCAACGGCGAGCUCAGCCAGUCCGAGGUCAUCAGUAACAUGUCGAGUCCGGAUUACAACGACGAGGAAACGAUGGAUAUACUCAGUGCUCGCGACAAUAUGAUGGUCAGCGACCCCAGCGAUAGCGAUUCUACGAUACUCGCCAGCGAACCACCCCAACGUCGUGUGAGUAAACAGCAAAAGAAGCAGCAAUCUGCAUCCACAACAGAACAAACGAGCAACGAGCAACAGCAUCGUAUAAUCAUCCAGGUCAAGGGACCCAAUGGGGGUACAGCCAAUUCCAAUUCCAAUUGUGCAAAUAGCAACAACAGUCCACGCGGUGGUCGGCGAAGAUUGGGAAGUGCCGGACCAGACUCCAUUCCUCCGAUAACCAACAAUCCACCGGUUCAACACUCGCCUCCUGUGCAACACCGCGAUUGCUACUAUCAGGAAUUGCACGAAGACGAGCAGCAUCACACAUCACCGCCGCACUCCGCCGACGAGGAAAGCGACAUUGAGAGUCUUCACAGCUAUCACUACAGCCCCAAAGCCGUGGAUAUGCCGUCCGCUAUCAGACUAGCGAAGCGCCUUUAUUCGCUCGAUGGAUUCAAAAAGUCCGACGUCUCCAGGCAUCUCAGUAAAAACAAUGACUUCAGCAAAGCAGUUGCUGAUGAAUAUUUGCGCUACUUUAAUUUCGAAAAUGACACGCUGGACGUGGCUCUAAGAAAGUUUCUCGCGCAAUUUUCUCUUACUGGGGAGACUCAAGAAAGAGAACGUGUUCUCGUUCAUUUUUCCAAAAGGUACCUCGAUUGUAAUCCGGGUUCUUUCAAUUCACAAGAUGCCGUUCAUACCUUGACCUGUGCAAUAAUGUUGCUCAACACUGAUCUACAUGGUCCCAACAUUGGUAAAAAAAUGACUGUCUCUGAAUUUAUUGAAAAUCUCGUUGAACUAAAUGAUGGCGAAGACUUCCCUAAAGAAGUAUUGAAACAGCUCUAUGGAGCCAUCAAAUCGUUUCCCCUUGAAUGGGCUCUUGACGAAGAAGCGGAAGAGGGCUUUGCUCAAACGCUACAGCAAGGCGAUAGUCCGGUUAUUGCCGGCAAUCCAUUUAUUGAAGUGCCAAACAUUUCCAGUGCAAAAGAAUACAAAAAAGGCUAUGUUAUGCGCAAAAGUUGUUUCGAUCCUGAUGGGAAAAAAACUCCAUUGGGAAAACGUGGUUGGAAAAUGUACCAUUGCACGUUAAAAGAACUUGUAUUAUAUUUGGACAAAGAUGAACAUAGCUUCCACAAUAAUAGUUCGCACAAUGUCAUUGCUAUUCAUCAUGCUUUGGCUACAAAAGCGACUGACUACACGAAACGACAGCACGUUUUCAGGUUACAGACUGCCAAUCAAGCUGAAUACCUAUUUCAAACGAGUGAUUCCAAAGAACUUCAGUCCUGGAUAGAUACGAUUAACUUUGUUUGUGCCAGUUUCUCUGCUCAACCUCUUGCAAGUGCAGUAGGUUCUCAACGAAAGUUCCAGAGGCCUGUACUUCCAUGUAGUCACACUAAACUUAACCCGAGAGAACAAUUGCGCGAUCAUGAAGAUAGAGUUUGUAAACUCGAAGCUGAUUUAGAUGAGCACCGACGACAUCCACCUGAAAAAGGGGCGAAAAGUCAAUUAAUUCAAAAUUACAAAGAAAAAGAUGCAUAUUUACAUCAUGAGCUCAAAAGAUAUAAAACCUACGCAUAUCUACUGCGUUCAAAAUUACCGUAUACAGAAAACGAGCCGUCUCUGGUAGACAGCAGUAUCGGUGAGGUCGACGAAAGCGGUGCUUUUAUGAAUAUGGAUAUGGCGUUGGUGCCGCCUCCGGUUCCAGACCGACCUGCUACAAAUAGGUAUAGUUACAGGGCUGCCAUUUAUAAUCGUAAUCUUUUAAAUGGUCAAGAAUACAGUGGGGAUAUUGGUUGACGUGUGAUGGGUGUACUUACAGCAUGUGUGGUCUAAUUCUUUCUACCUACACGAGUAUGAAUUACCAGAUUGAAAGUCGUUUAUUCAAGAGAAAAAAAAAAGUAAAAAAGAUAUUUGUAUUAAUAUUAUAAAAAUUAUUCAUUUUUAUUUUCACAAAGUGCUCGUAAGCUCGUAAUAAAUUGUUUUUUAAUUUAUUUACGAAGCACAAACGAACUGCAAUUUGGAAUUCAGAACCUGUGUACUUGAAAACUUAGACCACCACAUGUACAGGUGGCUGGUGGUAAAUGGAUGAAGGUUUAAAACUAAUUCAAAACAGUAUUGUACAUUGACACUAAUAAAAUUUAACAAAAUGGAUACUAUUCUAUGCUGAUCCGCUUUCAGAAUUAAGUAUGUUCAUCGUAUAAAAACUGAUUCCAAUUUCAUCUGUAUUUAUAGGAGGUUACUUUUCUUUUCGUGACAAAUUUAGAAGAGUACCAAUUUUUUUCUAAAGCAUU